AUGAAACACUUUGGUGGUGAGGUCCAACGUGAGCAAGUGGCUUCCUUUAUCAACAACAUUCAAUCUACGUGGUCUGAGCGUUUGAAUCAAGUGGACUGGUUGGAUGCUGUUACACGGGCCAAGGCGGUCGAAAAGGUCAACAAGAUCAAUCACAAGGAAGCUUAUAGUGUGGUGACUCCAGACGUGCGUUCUGCUGACUCGUUGGCCAACUACUAUGCUGCACAUCAACAUUGA